AUGGACGCCCUUGUUCAGAGCUUCUUCAACACCGUCAACUACCAUUACUACAUCAUCUAUCCACCCACCUUUCUCCAAGAGUAUCAGACUUGGUGGGACCGCAGAUCUCGUAAUCAAACUCUCUCGCUGCAAUGGACUAUCCUGUUGGUCAUGGUCUGCGCCUGCGCUACUCAGCAUCUGGACGUUGGCAUAAAGCCAAUGGUUGAGAUUGAGUUAUCGGAGCCCUCGGACAAACUGACUGUUGAUUAUCACUCAGCCGCCACAGAACUUGGGAGGGUCAUUCCGCUUGGUCAUUGCCAUCUGCUAAAUAUUCAGUGGAUGCUUCACUCUAUUUAUUGGUACAAGGCUGAAGCAAGAUUUGUUGAAGCUUGGCAUGUUAUCGGUGCUGCUGUUCGAGAGGCUCAUGAGUUGGGUCUUCAUCGAACCGCCAUCGCCGAAGGGUUGUCGGAGUUUGAACGAGAGAUGCGACGAAGAGUAUGGUGUAUUCUAGACUGUUGGGAUUGGCAAUUCGCUUCAGGUCUGGGUCGACCAACGAUUAUUGACCACACCGAUAUCAACGUGGAGCCACCAAGCCUGACCCUCGAGGACUUCUCACCUUCUCCAUUACUGCAUAUGAAACUCCAGUCAGAGCUAGUCAACAGUCUCGCUCAACGAUGGGGCGCUCCUAAGAACAUCACAUCAGCACAGGAUAUCCAAGAGUACAAGUCUGCACUCGAAGAAUGGAUUCGAUGUUUCCCAGCCGUUUACGACGUCGACAACCCAGAUACGUCCAAGGAUUACAAGCACAACUGGAUCGUCUUUCACCGUUAUUACAUCCACACCAUGGCUUAUCUCAUGAUUCUGAACCCCAUGCGAUCAUUCAUGGCACAGGAUUUCACAAAGGAUUCGCCCGAGGAUUUACUGACUAUCAGAGAAGAUGCUGUAUACUAUUCACUCAGGAACCUGGACACGACAAACCGAUGGGCAAAUCAUGUUUCGCACCGAGAUGGCAGAUUUCACUUUAUCAUCUUCUCACUAUUCGACACGGCAGCAGUUCUUUCCACCGCCAUUAUCAAAGACCACGACGAGACGAUCCCGAGAAAGGACGAGAUCAUCGACGCGGUGGACAGCUCUAUCAAAUUGCUAAAGCGUCUCAAGGCGGUAUCAAAGACGGCAAAGACAUCUCAUGAUAUUCUUGUCAAGAUGGUGAACAAGAUGCCUAGGAAGAAACCACUGCCACGAGAGAACGUUCUGCGCAAGAAACAACGCCGUGUUCCUGCAUCACCUGCUGCGCCAGUCAACGUAUCCGCUCUGGACCCCACGCCUGUCUUCAAGACGGAACCGGUGUAUCAGCAGGAGUCAGGCCAGGAGUCGCACGAGAGUUCACCGAGUUGCUACGCCAGCUCAGAGGGUGCACCUUCUGGAUCUACGCCGCAGAGCAACUACUCAUCGUACGAUAACUCGGGCUACGUUCAGGCACCUGUGGAUGGAUACCAGAAGCCGCAUACCUACACGCCUGUCAACGCCGUUCACGCCCAAGUACCUCAGCAAGUCCCAUCACCCAGCGCCGGCAUCGACGGAAUCAUCCAAGGCGGCGGGUUAUACUCAAUGCCACAGGUUGAUCCCAACAUAGAAGCCAUGGUUCCCCAGCCCUACGUGGACUACCAACACCAGGACCUUAACGUAGACUACGGUCUAGGAAAUAUCACUGACGUGGACCUGGGAGACUUUUCGCAACUGUGGGACUGGAGAAGUCUCAACUUGGAUUUCAUUCAAAGCUCAACAUAG